GCAGUGCAGCAGGUGCCAUCCCCACCCCACCCCCGUGUUGUUCUCGCACCACCCACUCCCACUCCACUCUCUCACCACCACCAAACGCUGUUGUCGUAGCCACGCGGCCUCUACCACCUCCACCUGUCCUCCAGAGCCAGAGCCAGAGCUCUUGCAUUCAGCGCAUACCAGCGAGGUCGCGGAUACGCACCAGAAACUGCAGCGGCGAGAUCACAUCACACGAGCAGUGAGCGUGCAUCGCAUUCACUUACGCGGUUGAGGACAGGGAAGGCAUCAAAGGUUUACAUCACCCACCAUAGAAAGCAUCAGCAUGGCACGCCAGAGUGUGACAUCGCAGCUGUCGCAGUUGGAAGAGGAGACACAGGCGGUGGGAUCCAAACCACAGAUGACGGCACAGCUUGUGCAAGGGAGUGUACAAAGGUGUGCGCCAUCCCUGCCCGCGUCCGGCCUCAAGUACUGGCGCGACAUUUCGUGGCCCAGCUUCUUCACUGCCCUCGCCUUGCUUGUCAUCUCCAGAAUAAAGGCCCACGCGAACACAGACUGGACUGUGAAUGAGUUCAACCAUGUCUUGUACCGCUAUCCCAUGGUGGAGAAGGAGAUUGUUCCGACAUGGGCGUUUCUCCUGUGGAUCUUCGCCAUGGCCUUUGUUGUCCUUGGCCUGGAGAUCUGGCUCGUGCGGUCGGUGACGCUGAAGACGCGGGUGAUUAUGGGGUUCAACGUGGGCCUGGGCAUGUUGGAGGGCUUCUUCUACACUGUUGCCUUUACUGAGUUUACCAAGAUCUGGAUUGGCGAGCCGAGGCCCGACUUUGUUGCGCGGUGCCUGGGGUCGCACGAUGCAGUCGCGUCAUUUGACGCCGACGGCGUGAUUGUGUGCACGCAGCAGGUUGGCUCAAACGCGCGCGAGUCAUUUCCCUCUGGCCAUUCCAGCACCACCUUCUCCUGCGGCGUCUUCCUCACCGCUUACUUCAUCUGGACUGCAUACUUCCGCCGCGUGAACCUGCCGUGGCGCGACGCUGCGCGGCGGUGGUACAGUCGCUUUGGCCUCAUGGUCGCCGACAUUGGCUAUCUCGCCUGCUUCUGGCCCAUCGUCUUUGCAGCCUUUGUUGCUGCAAGCCGAGUGUCUGAUCACCGUCACUCGCCGGCGGAUGUCGUGUCUGGCGCGCUGCUGGGCACGCUCUUUGGCGCCAUUCUCUUUGCCCGCCUCCUCUCGCGGGACUACGCCGCGGCUGCAACAGCGCAGCCAUCAGUACACCCCGCAGCACACACGGCAGCCACGCCCCUCUUGUCGUCGUCGUCAUCGGCGCCGAACGCAAACGCGAGUGCGGAUGUGUUUGCGCAAUCGGCGGGGCCGCUCGAAGAUCAGGACGACACCGACAACGACGAUAACUGA